AUGCAUUAUUUGUUGAGUUCAGAUCCCCCACUAGUUGCCCAAAAACGCUACCAAACUGAUAUUAGUAAAUGGAGUAUUUUGCACCGAAGCGUAUUUGAACCAGGUAUUGGCGCAGAAAAAGGCCUUCCAUCAACACCAUUCAUUCAUAUCAAGAUACUUAAAGGUUCAAACAGAACGACUGCUUCCCCAGAAUUGCUUUCACCAAAAACAUUACCAGUGAUGUGCGGAAGUACAUUUACAGUUUUAUCAGUUGGAGACAAUGAUGUCCUAAAUUUGAAUAAGCGAACGCUUCCUUCAAAACAUCAUCGUCUUGGUCUAGGUCAAAACGAUAGGUAA